GCUGAAUGAGAUUGAAGAAGAGUUCUUCUUGUUUUGUAGCUUCAGUUUCUCUGUUUUUUACACAAAUUUACUAAAACUAAAUAUAAAAUACGGCAACAAAAUAAAGCUCCGCGGGAAGGAGCGAGCCGGACUGUUUAUAUGCUGUUAUUCCAUCGUGGAUCGGCUUCUUAUAGAUAUAUAUUUAAUUAAUCUAGAGGAGGACUGCUGCUGAGGCAGCACAGAGGGGUGGAGUCCAGUCCCACAGCCAGGUGCGGCACUUUAAUGCUUCAGUUGGAUGGUUUUCCUACUGGAGACGGUGUUAAGGCUGAUCGAUCGGCUGGCAGACUGACUGGAUCCAUGAUGGAAUUACAGACGUUACAGGAGGCACUGAAGGUGGAGAUCCAGAUCCAUCAGAAACUGGUUGCCCAGAUGAAGCAGGACCCUCAGAACGCAGAUCUGAAGAAGCAGCUCCACGAACUUCAAGCCAAGAUCACAGCGCUCAGUGAGAAGCAGAAAAAGGUAGUGGAGCAGCUGAGGAAGGAGCUGUUGGUAAAGCAGGAGCCAGAGGCCAAGCUGCAGCUGCACGUCCAAACUCCUCCAGUAGGCGGCGACAUCAAGCCGGCCAACCUGCUGCAGAGCCAGCAGAUACCUGGAGGACUGCAGCAGACCCUGACAGUCACGCCAGUCCUCACCACGAAGACUCUACCUCUGGUGCUGAAAGCUGCCGCCACGCCCGCCCUGCCCGGCUCUGUCCUGCCACAACGCCCGCCCACUGUCGCUAUGGUAACCACAGCUAUCACCAAACCCGACUCGCAGAACGCCCCCAUCAACCUGCAGGUGGCCAGCAAGCUGACCAAUCAGAGCUCGGAGCCCGUGCGACUGGUAUCCAAGAACGCCAUGGUGGUGCAGGCCACCACCACCACCGCCCAGCCAAUCAAAGUUCCUCAGUUUGUCCCUCCUCCUAGACUGACGCCUCGACCCACCUUUCAGCCACAGGUCAGGCCAAAACCGGCCACACCCACAAACAUCCACAUCGCCCCGGCCCCUCCCCCACCCAUGAUGGCGGCCCCACAGCUGCUCCAGAGGCCAGUCAUGCUGGCGACCAAGUUGUCAUCCUCGCUGCCCUCGGCGGCUCCCAUUCACCAGGUCCGCAUCGUCAAUGGACAGCCCUGCAGCAAGACCGGCACCACCCCGCUGACGGGCAUCGUCAUCACCACGCCGGUCUCCACUGCACCCACCCGCCUAGCCAGCCCUGCCCAGGCGCCCAUCCUCACCCCUGUCCUCACCCCGACUCCCGCCCAGCCCAUCCAGAUCAGCAGCCUGACCCCUGAGCCCAAGCAGACUGUUAAACCAGGAGGUGGAGCCGAGCAGAAGGUGGUUGUCACCCUCCCCUCCUCCUCCACUCCCCCGUUGUCUCCUCCUCCUCCUCCACGACCUAAGAAAGAGGAGAGUCCAGAGAAACUGGCCUUCAUGGUGUCUCUGGGCCUCGUAACACACGACCACUUGGAAGAAAUUCAGAGCAAAAGACAGGAGAGGAAGAGGAGAACGACGGCCAACCCGGUGUACAGCGGCGCCGUGUUUGAACCUGAGAGGAAAAAGAGUGCAGUGAGUUACCUGAACAGCCCUCUGCACCAGGGGACCAGGAAGAGAGGUCGCCCACCCAAAUACAGCAGCGUCCCGGAGCUGGGCAGCCUCACCCCGACCUCCCCCUCCAGCCCCGUCCGUCCCCUCCCCCUGCCCAGCCCCAGCUCUGGGGAUGGAGACAUCCAUGAGGAUUUCUGCACUGUGUGCAGACGCAGUGGCCAGUUGCUCAUGUGCGACACGUGUUCUCGUGUUUAUCACCUGGACUGCCUGGAUCCACCCCUGAAAACCAUUCCUAAAGGCAUGUGGAUCUGUCCAAAAUGUCAAGAUCAGGUAACCGCAGCAGCCGUGACUGAUCCUGAGUCAGGGGGAAAGAGAAGGGCCAAUCAGGGCCAGCAGCUGUACUUGACUGUAAAAUCUGCUUUGUGCCACUCUGUCCUGAACUGUAGGACUGUUCAAUCCUUUAUCCUGAAAAAAGAAGAAGCCAUUCCCUGGCCUGGUACUCUGGCUAUUGUUCAUUCCUACAUCGCCUACAAAGAAGCUAAAGAAGAGGAGAAACAGAAGCUGAUGAAAUGGAGCUCUGAACUGAAACUGGAGCGAGAGCAGCUGGAGCAGAGAGUCAAACAGCUCAGCAACUCCAUAACAAAAUGCAUGGAGACCAAAAACAGCAUCCUGGCUCGUCAGAAAGACAUGCAUCUCUCCCUGGAGAAGGUCAAACACCUGAUUCGCCUCAUCCAAGCCUUCAAUUUCAACCAGGCUCUGGCAGAGACAGAGGUGAAGGAGGCCAGUGCCAGAGUCCAGGACGGUGCUGAAGUUGCAGUCGGCUCUGAAGCAGCACCAGAAGCUAACUCUGUGGAGAAAGCGAAGGCUGGGAGCUCCUCAACCAGCAGCAGCACUGAUGGAGACAACAAACCAGAGGAGCACGGAGCCGUAGGGAACAACCAGACAACAGGAGCAGCAGGAGCAGCAGGAACAGCAGGAGCAGCAGGAGGAGCAGCAGCGGGAGACACCGACAGCCAGGCUGUCCUAGAAGACAGCGCAGUCCUGACAGCAGAAAACAGCCCUGGUGUGGGGGCAGCAGGGGGUAAGGCAGGGCCUGGUGAUGGGGUAGGGGGAGGGGGUGACACAGGGACUGGCCUUCAGGUGGAGGCUGUGGUGAAGCCUGAGACUGACGCAGCUCCGGUGGUUGACAUUCCCGCUCCCUCAGUGGUCGCGCCUGUUGCCACCACCAACGGUACAGCCGAGCCGGCCUGCCCCGACCACAGCCCCGCAGGAGCCUGCACCACCAACGCCACCACCAACUCUGAGAACAAGAUGGCUGCCGUCAACCCUCCAGAGACAGCGGUGGAGAAGAAACAAGAGGAGGUCACUGACAGUGACGGCAGCAGCAACAGCAACAACAACAACAGCAAAACCUCAGAACCCUCCCAGCAUUCUUUGCCAGCUCUCGUCAGCAGUUUGGACAAUAAAAAGUAAUGCUACGUCUCUGCGGGAAUUCAAACAUAUAUAUUAAAAAAAAAAAAAAAAGACUUUUGCUUGCACCGUCCGGUGCCCUGAAGUUGCCAAUCUGUAUAAAUGUUGUUUGUUUGCAUUGUAUUGUCAGACUGUGUCAAUGGUAGAUAUACAGCCCAAGUCACAUGACUCUGGGAAGACGUAGGCUGCUCCACCCACAGAGCUGGGCUACAGGAAGGCUUACGCACCAGUGUCAUCAUGCCAAUUAGUGAUAGACGUCAGUGGUGGGAAUGCUCAAAGGGAGAUUUAAUUCAUCAUCACACCAGUGUGUGCCUGUUAUAGUGGCCCCUGUGUUCUCUUGUGGGGGGGGGAGGGGGGAGGGUUCACAUGGGCACGGAGAAAACCGAGAACAUGGAACCAAACAUCUGUCAGGGGUUACUGGUCUACAAAGCAGUGUUGUGAUAGAGUAUGAGUACUGAAAAGAGAGCCUGUUCAUUCCCUCGUCCCAACAAACUUAAUGUGAACAACCUUUUACUUCUGCAGUCCCACCACCCCGAACUCCUCUAAACCUCUACCAACAAGUCGUAUCCCUAAACCCUCCUUUGCCUGAUCUUUAACAGACUUCCCCAUCAAAUACAUCUUCAGUCAAAAAAAACGUUCCUGUCCAGUCCACCAACGAUUCAGUUGAACCUUUCUCUUAAAUCUAAAAAAGCUUCAGUAUGCUUCAAAUGAACUGCGUGUCUUAUGAACACGUCUGAAGGCAAAAGUGUUCAUCUGUUCUGAAUGGCCACACUUGAAGGCGAGGUUAAAACUGUGAGGGAUGUGUUGAAUUCAAGAAAGGGGGUCACAGCUCACAGUUUCAGACAGUCUCUCCUAGAGGACGUCAUGGUGUUGCACUUGUUUGUACACACCAAACAAAAAAGAAAAGAAGGUGAAACCAUUACCACUUUGACACAGCAGCUCACCUGACCCCUUACUGCAUUAAGGAUAUGAGAUGUCGAAAAUGUGGAGGAGGCUAAUGUCUUUAUACAAACUUCCUUAACUUCACCUUAACCUACAAACUAUCCACAGUCUACUGAAAACCAUGACCUCUCCCAAUCAACCAGUAACCUCCCACUAAAACUGAAACCUGUCAUUUCCUGUCCGCCAACGAUUCCAAUGUGACAUCCCUCUUAAAUCCAAAAGGUUUCAGUUGCUUCAAAUGAGCAAGUUUGUACAAAGUGUCGUCCGAAUGCCAACACUGGAAGGCGAGUUAAAAAGCUGGUUAUUGUUAUUGGAAAACCUGGACUUGCCUUCCCAGUCCACCAUAAUCCAAUGUGACAUCCCUUUUAAAUGCCAUCAAACAAACUUCACAGCCCUAACCCAUGAACCAAUUACUCACCUCUUUCUCUCCAGUCAAUCGAUGACUUUAAAAUUCCCUUAAUGAACAAUAAUCCAAAUUCGAGUUCCUAUGUAUGUCUGGACAUGUCUGGGAAGUCUUGUUCACUUGUGAUGCUGUUUAAUGUGUUUGUCUCAAGCGUACUGAUUCCUUUAGACCAACGUACUCUAACCUCCCCAUCAACCAACAAGUUAAACCUUCAAGUCUUCAGUCAACAGAAAAACCUUUACCAUUUACUGAUGGUGACUAAACCCAAACUUACCUUCCUUUAGUCCAGCAACAGUCAAAUGUGACCUCCCCUCUAAACACCCAACAGCUCACUAUGCUUAGAGUAAAUUAGCUGAAAUGAAGUGCCCUCUGAAUCUUCACACAGGAAGGCGAGGUUGAACACUUGUCAGUGUAGAGAUGUGCGAGAUGAGAGAAAUGGGUAUAACGGAGCUCACUGUUGGAUGGUCGCACUCGAUUGUUCACGGUCUCACCACCAGUUUAGGAAAGUUACAAAAUUUUGCGGAUGUACUCCUUCGAUUGCAGCGUCUGAACGGUCAAACACUGUCAAGUGCUCCAUCAAACACUUUGUUUAUGCCAGCAUCCGUAGCCCCCCGGUCAGUGACUCAGACUGUGUUCAGACAACCAAUAUAUCAAUACAUCAUAAAAGUGUCAUACAAACACAUUCUGACACCUUUAAACCAACACCCCCCCUAUCGCUAAAACCCAAAUUUACCUUCUUCAUUUGACCGAUAGUGAUCUUAUACCCACAAGGAUUCAGUAUUAUUCAAACAAAUUAGUUUCAACACAGUAUAACCAAACAGAACAUUACAAAAAGGACUCCUAUAACUCUUCACAAACCCAUGCGACCACAAGUUGCUCCUACCACCAGGAAGUGAGCAGGGCCAGUUUUGAAGCCUGAUUUCGUAGUGGUCAAAUAGUGUAAUUGCACCGUCACGUGAUACCCUGUGGUCCAAAAAGACAUUUUCCCAUAGUCUUACAUGGCAAAAGAGAAAUCAGUGAAUUCAUUUUUCUGAGUGUCACAGUCCCUGCAAAGUGACUAGUUUCACUAUCAAAAUUUGAUCCAUUCGGCCUAAUAACAUUUGCAAAGUGUACAAGACAAAUUAGCUGAGCACUAAACCAGAAGUAGCCGUCUCGUCAUCUGUAGUGCGCUUACUCUAUGGGCCACACAGUGUGGAAGCACCUCUUUUUUUAUACCUGGCAAUUACCAUUUUGGGGCCCCGCCUCCAACACUGUAUCUAGGAUUCUUUAUUCAUCCAUGGCUCCUAAUCCUACAGGUGCGUUUCCCAUAAUUCCACCACUGCCAGUGUCAUACCGAAAUGACAAAAUAGGUCGUAUAUGACCGUUAACUCUCACAGGUAAAAAACAUGUGGUUAACACUGUGAAACGGCUGCUGUUGCACUUUUGAAAAAAGAUCAUGGUUUGGGUUUAAAAAAAAAAGCAUGUUUCUUACUAAGGUAACUUGACAUAGUUGACUUUUGGCUUCACAUAGGACAUGAAGAGGGUCAAAGUCUGGUGUUUGUUUGAAAGGUCCAUCCACCCCGACCUCCUCCCUAUGCAGACUUUGUCACUCUUUCUACUGCCUUAUUUGACUUCCACCUUUGCUCACAUCAUAAUUACUAUGGCCACUAGAGGUCGCUGCCUAACAAUAAAAGUAGAUAGAGGCCAUGAGAAGCUGCUAUGUGGACAGUCUCAAACAUUGUUAAGUGCAACCCCCACAGUUUCAGACAUCAGGAAAGGUGUGGACAGGCACCAUGUUUGAAGCGUACUGACGCUUUUAAACUGACUAACUUGCAAAUCAGUCUGUGAACGGUGAACACUGACCUGUAGCCUUCACCUGGUGACUAAAACCCAAACUUCCCCAGUCCCCCAACAAUUUGACCUCCUUCUGGAACCUGAACAACCCUCAACCAGAAACUGAAGACUCUUCCCUCUCCCAGUCGAGCAAUGACCAAACGUCCCCUAUCAUCCAACCAACAGUCCCAGUUAACUCCCCCCUCCCCCGUCUCCUCCCUCCCCGCCUGUAUCCCUGAGCUCAAGCAGAAAAGACGCAGGUAUGGAGGACGAGGUGGAACAGGUGUCGUAGCCUAACAGAUGUUUUCAGUGGUGUCGGUCAAGUGUAGUGAUUGAGUUUUCAUUCGUGAGUCAAGUGUGUCAACUGUGAGCACUAAAUGUGAAAUUGCAAUAUUGCAAUGUCAACACACACACACAUACACACACACAAACACACACAAACUAUAUCUGGGCUGUGUUUCUUUUUUAUAGGAAAAGAUAUUCAGGUCUUCCUAGUCUUCAGAAUAAGUGCUUUCUGUUCCUGAACCUGCUGGACUGGCAUUAUCAACACACAAAGGAGUGGUGAUCUUUGCAUUAUGUACAUUUCUGUUGAAUCCUGAACUGCCAAAAUGAUGUUGUAUCCAAAUUCAGCAGGGACAAGUCCACUUACUGUAUGGAAAGAUCAAAUCAUUGGCGUUGUUGUAAGAUACAGAUGACGAGACCAUUUCAGAUAUUGGAAGUCCCCAGAUUGAGACAGGAGAGCUUAUUAAACAAUAACAUUAGAGGAACUUCUUUUUCCUUGAGGUGGAGGGAUUUGUUGUAUGAACCUUCAGACGGAUCUCAAAGGACAAUACCACAAAUCCUGAGAUUAAAGCACAAGCUUGCUGCAUUACAAAGAAGUGCUGAAGAGCUUUUUGUAUGUUAAUAUGGAAUUAAACAGAGUAUGCAUCUCUUUGUUGUGAUGUGACUUAUCCCCACAUUGCCAAUAUUUUUCUAGGAGGAAACACAAACCUCUGUCUGACAUUAAGGCUCAAGUCUAGUUCAUAUAUUGUGGAGGAGGAGGAGGAGGAGUUGUUGGUCUCCUCGUGCAUCUCUUUUCUUUCUGGAGCAUGUCUGGGCUGAAAUGUGAUGCUGUUCUUCGUUGGCUUGGUGGCUGUCAGUUGGGGUCUGUCUUUGUCUGGUGAACUGAUCAUGACUUCUGGCUUCUCGUUGGGUUCGGGGCAUUAACAAACUCUGGUCUGUUCAUUAAUGGUGCCUCUGGUUGUGCUUUUUCUGUUUCUUUCUUUUUGCAUUAUUGGAAGGUUUUUGCUUAAAUUUCAGUCGUCCAAAAACGUAUUCACCCCUGAAAGUGUUCAAGGUUCAGCUCUCCAAAGUUUUUUAUGUUGAAAUACUUUUAUUACGUGUCAUCUGUUUUUUAUUGAUGAGGAAUUUGUAGCCAUGCUAGCAGCAUCCAUCUAUUGGUCCGACAGUCAGGCCACCGCUUUGGUCCAGAAUAAAAUAUCUCAACAAGGAUGAAUUGUAAUGAAAUUCAGGUCAGACAUUCGUGGUUCCAAGAGGACGACUCCUGACUUUGAUGAUCCUCCGCACCUUUUACUUAGCGCCACAGUAAAACAGCUAUUGGAUGGAUUUUCCUGACAUUUAUUACAGAUAGCCGUGGUGCCAAGAGGACAAAUCAACCUAAUCGGCAAAAUAAAUGUUGUCAUUGUAAGGUUCUGCAAACCAUGGAUAUGUGGCAUAUGUACAUUGUUACGUAGCGGGAACGUUGAAAGGUUACACUUCUUCAUGUUUAAACAGGGCUGUGGUUUACGUGUGAUAGAGCUUUGAUUGUUUGCCCAAACUCAAUUUGGCCGACUCGACUGGCCAGGUUUGGAUCUUGGACCGGGUCAGAUUCUCACCAAUUUACAGGUGUUUUUGUUUGUUUGUUUGUAUUUGUGAAACUGGCAGUUCUUGUGUGUAAAUGAAUGAUGGGACAGUGGAGGAAUAGAGUGGAGAACUUGGGGACAGUGAGAGCUAGAGAAUGACAGAAAGGAGACGAAGAGAAAGAGAGGAGGGCUGCAAGGUGACUUGGUUGGCAGUAUUUGCUUCUGCCUCCCCAGCAGUGGGAGAGAUGUGAUCGACAUCUGUGCCUCCGUAGACCGCCAUGCGCACUCAAAAAAGGAGACGUGCCAAGGGGCGCGGUUCACUUUGCCAAACCUGUUAUGCGUGAGACACAAAGCCGAUGACAGACCAUUGAAAAACCUCAGGAUGAGAAGAAGUGGGGAGAGGAAGCGGCCCUUUUGCUUGGAAUAAACAUUUCAAUAUUAUUAAUAUUUUUUAGUAGAAAUUCUGGUUUUUAAUCAGGCUAGGGUCCAAAACUGCUGCUGUGGUUCAGGCUCUGGUCAGGGUUGGACAGAAACUGUGCUAGUUCAUGUAGGGUGAGGUCUGAUAUUUCAUGCCUGAUCAAAGCUUCACUAUGUGGUUAUGUUUAGGCACCAAAACCAAUGCAUUAUAGGUAGGAAAAUACAGUGUUUUGGCUUUAAAUGCCUGGAAUAAACAGCACUGUCUCCACUGAAAACGCAGCUGGUAACUAACAAACUGUUUUUGCUGUCUGUUGAUCUUGAACAGUGGUCUGCAGCUCGGCAGGUGUUAGUUUCAAAAUGAUGAUGUGACGUAUGAAUUUGACGAAUCCAUGGCUUGCAGAAACGUACAAUGGCAACAGUUUCUUCUGGCAAUGCUGGAUGAAUCCUAAUGAUUUGACACACAGUUCGGCUCAGAUGUUCAUGUUCUCCAGAAUCCCCUUUACUUUAAUAAUUUUCAUCGAUCUCCAUCAUCAGGUCAAAACUCUAAUGUGUCUGACACUUUGGUUUAUGACCAGAUACUUGCAGAACAUCAGCAUGUUGUCAUUGUGAGCAUGUUAGCAUGUUGAUGUUAGCAUGUUGCCGAGCAGAACAGAGCUGCUAGCAUGGCUGUAGGAUAAAAGUUAGACAAAAAAUAAUGACUUCUGCAGAGACCAACAGUGUCAUCUUCUAACUACAAAGGAAACAUGUACAUGGUUGUGUGGGUGAAUACGUUGUUGGGCGACUCUAAAAUAAGCUGUUACAGGUGUCUUUUUUUCAUAUCACAUGGACUCUUGUAACUGAAUCAGCAUAUCUUUAUUUACACUUUAUUUUGUGACAUCAGCUGUACAAACUGCCUUCAUUCAGAAGAUCCCAGAAAAGAGAAAAUCUGUGUGACAUUGUUUGGCCACAGUUUUGUCUGAUACAUGUUGACGUGUCUGAUGGAGAGUUCAGCCAUUCGAACGUGGAAGAAAAAGACUGGCCAGGGACGCAGUUCUAACACGAAAUGACCCCAAAUCCCUCAUGAAUCCCGUUCAUUGUGUGUUUUGUUCUCUGUCGGCUCACUCGGGUGGAUCUUCUUCUUCUUCUUCUUCUUCUCUCGACGUGUCGUUCACUCGUUCAUCUAGUCUCUUCACUUGACGAGGUUUUCUUUGAACGAGCCCGAGCUUGUGUUCCAGACAAACUGGACCUCUCCCUCUGUACAGUAGGUACCUCGAGUGCCUUUCUUCAAACAGCAGAUAAUAUUUGUCUCUCGACUUGCACUGUGACUUGUAGAACCUUACUAACCCUCCAGAUGAUGCCCCGCCCUAUCCCGCCCCGCUGUGCCCUGCCCUGCCCUGCCCCACCCUCCUCCGGUCUGUCCCGUGACCCGCUCCCUUCACCUCAGGCUGCCGGUAGUUGAUGCAAGUGGAAACUACAUUUCAUAUUAUGCCAUUUAGAUUGACCAGAUAGUGUUUUCUUGUUGUUUCUUAUAGGAGUUGCCUUAAAUGUGUUUUAUUUUCCUUUUUACGUGAUUUAACUUUUACAUUAAGGAGAAGAAAAAAAAAAUCACUGCAGACUCUGGCGAGCUCGUUCGGUCGCUGUGGUCGAUAAAACGCUCCAAAGAGAGAUUGUUUAUUAUGACAUCUCUGCUGCGUGUGACAGCCAGCUGUUUGUGACGCACUUUUGGUUUGACCAGUAUUAUUAUUAUUAUUAUUAUUAUUAUUAUUAUUAGAGUGUAACAAAGGGAUCUGUCAGCAGCAACACGAAUCACGGUCAUAAAUCCCGUCAGUCCUGACUCAUCUCCUCCUGUGACUCGUGCAUUGUUCCCUCUGUGCUGUGGUUCCUUCUUCUUGUGUUUUGGAGAGAUGAUGAGUUUGCUGAAUCAGGUCAUGUGAGCCGCCACCUGCGUGCAUUUGGAGUGAACAAACGUAGACCCAAUUAGCAACAUCUGUCCACUCGGUCUGGUGGAACGCAUGCCUUCUUAUGCAAAUUUUUAUACAGGAUUUGUCAAACCUUUUUAAUAUGCAUUUGUUUUUUUAAGUUUUUAUGUGAAACUCAAGUCACCUUUUUUCGUUGAACAUUCUGGCAUCGUGAUGCCAAACGUGUGCAGUUUAGGUGUGAAACGGUACGGUGGUCAUCCAGAGCGGAGACAUUUUCUUCCUGACAUUGUGUUUUAUGGACGGUUUAGAUUUUAAUUUGGCUGAUGCACAAUGCUGAAUGUUGGGAUCCCAGCAGGGCUGAGAGGGGGAUCGAGUCUUAAAUCGUGUCCUCUUCUAGAGAAAAGGCCUCGGCUUCGAUUUAGUCUAAGGGCUCAUUUAUGCUUGAUGAUGGGUACGGAUACGGACGAAGCCUUCUGUCCAUACUUUGCGUUAAUUUUGCCCGUGUUUGUGGACGUUUUCUGAAAACUUUGGACAAUUUGGCCAAAACAGAGAUGUAUCACCGUAGAUUGUGGGGGCAGUGGAGCGUAGUUCAAGCGAGACGUGACUGUACAGCACGUUCUUAUUACCAACUCGUCAAAUACUACCGCUUUGUCAGUGAUUUAUGUGUCAGAUACCACCACCAGGUGGUGUCAGCUUGAAAUGCAGCCAACAACUAUGUAACGUACAGAGCUGGAAAGUCUAUAAUGUCGGCGGAUCAAACCAACCCCUGACUUUCCCCUGGGAGCUCGCUGUUUGCUUCCUGUGUGAGUUUUAAGCCAAACCAUGAUGAUUUUAAAUGAAGUAAAAGUAAAAACUAACUAUUUACGAAUGUUCUAAGCUGAUUUUGAAAAGACUGUAUUCAUCUGACGAGCAGAGACUGUACAUUUCCUGUGAAAAUGGAAGUAUAUUUUGAAAAGACACAAUGCAUGUUACAAGCAUAAAUUGUUAGACCGUCCUGGACCACCAACAAUAGACGCAGGAGGUUGCCUAGCGCAUCAUAUUUAGACGUGUAAGUCCACUGACAAAGCAGCAGUAUAUGACGAGUUGGGAUGAGAACGCAUCGGACUGUAGGUGAUGAGGAAGACGAUUAAAAAAUGUCAGAACGGAAUGAAUCAGUAGUGUAGUCAAGAGAAUUUUCCGUCCACAUAUCGCGAUGUACUUAAUGGCCUCAAACACCACCGCCAUUAAAAGGUACAUCAUUACGACCACCUCCACCGUCACCACAUUUGUUGUCACUCUGCCCUCUAGAGCCAUUCAUUGGUUUUAGAUAUGCUUUCGUAAAGGACGUACGAGGGCAAUCGCAUGUACAACAUUUGAAACGGAUGUGUCUGUUUUCGUACGUGAAAGAAGUAUAAAUGAGCCCUAAAAGUGAAUUUAUCCAAAGAACACUGCAGACGUGCGUUUCUGUUGGGAAGCUUUUUGUGUUGCAUAUCAUUUGGAAAUGAAUUUCAGCAUCGUGUUUAUUCACCGAGCCGUAAAAGGAGCAUUUGUCGGCAGCUGAGAGCUCUUCAGUUUGUAUUUGGAUGAAGUCUUAUAUGCAUUAAAACAUGUCCAGUUCCUUGUGUGGCAGAUUCUUCUGGAAGCAUCCUGUAAAGUAGUUCACUCCGACUCCUGUCUUUUUUUUUGUUUGUUUGAUUUUAGUUUUAAAACGAUCAAGUCAUGAUUGUGGCCUUCUAGUAUUCUGUCGAUACAUGACAUCAACCCGUCGUUAGCCGUCGCUCAGCCUCCAUCCUGUCCGGAUCCAACUGUACACCUGAAGCUUCUUACCUCAUCCACAGCUAAUUCCAUCGGGGGUGUGUUGAGUGCAAAAAAAUAACAAAAUAAAACAAAAAAAAAUCAAAGUAAAAAACAAAAGAAGUCUUUUUUAUCUUCCAUUUGGUGAGAUGCAUUGUAGCGAUAUGAAUAAAGAAAAAGUUCACCUGGUGUGCUGAAUAAUGUGUAAAUUGGUAAUUACACAAUCUGAAUAUUUGUAUAAUUGUUUGUAUUUUUUCAUAAUGAUUUUGGAAAGGAAUGUGUUUAUUUUUUUGACUUCUGUUCCAGAUGUGUCUUCUGUUGGCCUGACAUUGUGACUGGUCUGGUGGGAUUCUUACCUCUGUAUUGAGCCUCUUCUGUGAUGAAUUCUUUGUAUGCAGUGUUUAGGAAAUACUGUAGGGAACAUGGGGAGGAGUUGAUAUUAGGAGCAUUUGAUCAAUUUGUAUUUAUUUAUUUUAUCAUUUUGUUAAUAAAUUGUGAAAAGCA